ACACACAACCGGAAACCGGGAGACUCGUUUGAGGAUUUGCUUUGGUGAAUGUAAGACUGAGCUGUAUUGCUGAAUAAAUACAUAAGUUGGCAAUUAAUUCAUCUUUGAAUUUAAACACUCAUGCCGAAGAUAUGAAGCCAGCAAUCGAUGAAAUGUUUCCUGAGGGAGCCGGUCCGUAUGUCGAUCUCGAUGAGGCAGGGGGUAGCAGUGGACUGCUGAUGGACUUGGCAGCCAAUGAGAAGGCAGUGCAUUCAGACUUUUUCAAUGAUUUUGAGGAUCUAUUUGAUGACGAUGAUAUUCAGUGAUGAAAAGGACAAAUAGGAUGGAUUUCAUGAUUGUAUAAAAUUUGCAUUGUUGUACAUGGAAUUUGUUUUAUCUUGUGAUGCUAUAUUGUGAACUUUUAAGUUUUGUUUGUCAAUAAACUUUUGUGAAAUAAUAA